GCUAGCCCUGCUAGCUAGCUAGACAUGGCAUCUUGCCCUGUCUUUGUAUGCCACUAAAGCGCGUUUAAAUACAUGUUCCUCCCCUGUCAUGCGGCGUUUUCACCCCGAGAGGAAGAAAAGCCGACACGGAGGGCUUCCCGCUGAUAAAAGCGGAUGACGCGCUGUUAUUUUGGGUGAAAUCACCGCCAGAUUCUUUCAGUCGGUUUGGUGCGGAGGCUGCGUGGCGAGUUGAAAAGGCUACCUGAGUGUUUGAAGAGACAGGCUGGUCCCAGUCAGGCGUGGGUGGUGAAAUCAUAGAGGCGACGCGCUCAGGGACACGCCCCCCCCAACCGCCAAGCCCUGCCCCCCCUUAGGGCCGCUGGAUUCUACAGACAGUCGGGGGGAAGACGGGAAGGAGUUUUCAACCAGCGAGUUGAAGCAACGCGAAGCGAGGAGGCUUGGCUCCGCCCCCUUUUAGCAUGACAGACUUGGAGGCCGAGUGCUUGAGGCUGGAGUGCGGCUCGCCGCCGGAGCUGGCGGAGCCGCUGGCGAUGCUGGCGUGCGUGAAGAGCGAGCCGGAGGACGGCGAGCUGGAGCCCAUCGGCACGGUGGACCUGUCGGAGAUCCAGCCGCUGGCCACCGCCGAGCUGGGCCGCGACAUGAUCAAGAUGGAGAUCAGCGGCCUCGACUACAUCAAGUCGGAGCGCCACGGCCACCACGGUGACCCCCACCUGGGCCACUUCCACCACGGCGACACCGCCGAGCUGGACUACAAGUCGCAGUACGAGCCCAGCUCCGUGUUCGACUACAUCUCCCAACUGUCUGGGUUUCAGGUGACGGACACUCUGGAGUACAUCAAGUCGGACCACCACAUGGACUUGCAGUGUUACUACGCCACCGAGCUGAGCGCGCUCAAGUGCGAGUACUCCGACGCCAACGCUAUGUCGGCGCCCAACGGCCUGGAGUCGAUCCACAUGGCCGAGCUGCGCACCGAGCUCAACAAGCUGCGUCCCGACGCCCUGCUGAUGGACCCCGGCGUCGCCAAACUGGAGCCCGAGUUCGGAGCCGCGGCACUGUACGAGCUGCAGCCGGCCGUGGACGGCAAGACGCCGGCGGAGGGAGGAAGCGAAGGAGGAGGCAGCGUGCUCACGGUGAAGACGCAGAGCCCGACGGUGAGGAAGCCUCGCAACAUGCAGGGCGAGAAGCCGUUCUCGUGCACGCAGUGCGGCAAGAACUUCAGCACGCUGGGGAACCUGAAAACGCACCAGCGCAUCCACACGGGCGAGCGGCCCUACAGCUGCUCGCAGUGCGGCAAGAGCUUCGGCCAGGCGGGCAACCUGAAGCGCCACCAGCUAAUCCACACGGGCCAGAAGCCGUACGUGUGCGCCCACUGCCCCAAGGGCUUCACCAAGGCCGACGACCUGCGCUCGCACCAGCGGCUGCACACCGGCGAGCGCCCGUUCAUCUGCGCCGCCUGCGGGAAGAGCUUCGGCCAGUCGAAGGAGCUGAAGGCGCACCAGCUGAGCCACACGGGCGAGCGGCCCUACUGCUGCCCGCACUGCGGCAAGAGCUUCACCAAGGAGGCGAGCUACCGCAACCACGUGCAGAUCCACACGGGCGAGAAGCCCUUCACCUGCUCGCAGUGCGGGAAGACUUUCAGCAACUCGGGCGUGCUGAAAACCCACGAGAAGAUCCACUCGGGCGAGCGGCCGUUCGGCUGCACGCAGUGCGGGAAGAGCUUCGGCCGCCUCGGACACCUGAAGGCGCACCAGCAGAUUCACACGGGCGAGCGGCCGUACGCCUGCCCGCACUGCGCCAAGACUUUCAGCCAGUCGGGCCACCUCAAAGCACACGAGCAGAUUCACAAGCGGGAGCGGGCGGACUCGGCGAGCGGCAGCGGCGGCGGCAGCAGCAGCAGCAGCAGCAGCAGCAGCGCCAGCAGCACGGUGGGCAGCGACAGCAGCUGAAAACAAACUCUUGCAUUACUGGGGGUGUAAGUUAGAGAUGGUCCGAUACCAUUUAUUCCUCACCGAUGCCGGCACCUGAACUUGCGUGUCGUACCAUACCGAGUACAGAUCCAAUACCAGUGUGUUAUAAAAUACAUAUAUUUUAUAAUGUUUUAAGGUAAAGCUACUUUAUUGUCAUAUACAUGUAGCGAAAUUCAUUGUCUGCAUUUAACCCAUCCCCCAAGGGAGCAGUGGGCAGCCAUUCACAGCGCCCGGGGACCAACUCCAGAUCUGAUCCACUGCCUUACUCGAGGGCACUGGCUGGAGAACCUAGUACAUGUUUUUGAUGGUGGGGGGAAACCGGAGCACCCGGAGGAAACCCACGCAAAGGUUAUACCCAUGACUAGGGCAAGAAAUAACUUGACUGUUCAGCUCUCAAGUCAGUAGUUUAAUGACUGAGACGCUGGCCAAGAGCUCCCCCUACAGGCUGCGCAACAGAAGUCACGUAACUGGCUACUUUCCCUUUUCUUCUUCUUAUUGCAAUCAAACAAAGAACAACAUAAAUACUCAUAA